UUAAGCAUUCAAACAUAUACACAUACAUAUCUGUUGGUUUUUAAGAAAAGUGCAUUCCCCCGUUAAUCGAAUAAGGAAGUUAAUCAUAUACUGAUAUCAGCGGAAAGUAUGAAUAAAAAAUAAAAAGAUAAGCAAUAUUACCGAAGUAAUAUAUAAAUUUAAAGCAAAACGAGAGUGUCUAACAGUUUGCCGGAGAUGGCUGGGCGAUCCGGUCUGAAAAUCUGGCUGCUCUACUGGUCCAUAUUCUGGACACAAAGGCAGCACAGUUUGGGCUAUAAUUUGCCCGAAAUGCUGAAGCAGCCGCUAAAAGUUUUGAAUGACCAAUUCGAUGACAGAUGUCGGCACCUCAGCGAGGAGGAGCAGCAACGUUUUGCCGGGAAUUUCAACUUCUUGGAGAAAUCGCAACUGGAGCUGGAGGAACUGCAGCAGCUGCUGAGCAACAAUAGCGGCAUUCAUAGCCCAUUGAAGCGUCGCCUAUGGCUCAGUCUCUAUUGGCAGCUGCGACGCAGCCAUCGCUUGGACAACGACAACAUGUUGCUGCUGGAUUUCGCGUUGAACUUGCGUCGACUGCAAACGGACCCGGAGUGGAAUAGCAGCCAAUUGCAGAAUAUGUUGCAGAGCUUGCCAAAAGCGUUGCAGAUCCUGGUGCGUAGUCGUUGGCUCUGCUUGGAGCACGACAGGGAUCUGAUGUAUUUAAUGACAGCUGGGGCACUGCAGCUGGGCGCCAAUAGCCGUUGCUGCAUGUGGCAGCUGGCGUUGGGGACGGAGCCAUCGUCACAUGGAUGGCUGCGCCUGGAGAAUCUAUGCGACGCCCAAGACGUUUGGUACUUCAAUAUGUUGCAGCAGUUGGAGUCCGGAGUCUACCUAAUGCAGCGUGAGCCCAACAGCAAUUCCAGCAACUAUUGCAGUCGCCUGGGAUCGGGCUAUUAUAAAGAAGUUGCUGGGGCUGAAGCAAAGGAUGUGGAAAAGGAUUGCCAUUGGCAGCUCAACGAUUGCAGCGGACUGCCAAGCCUUCUGCAGAGGUUUUAUGGGGUGUAGCUAGGAUUGUGUCAACUCUUAGUCAGAUAUCAUCUGUGAAAUGACACUUCUAAUAUAGCAUGGCAUAUAUAAAAAUGUA